AUGGUUUUAGUAGCAUGUUGUCAGUUUUGUGCAACAGGAUCAAUUUUAAAAAACCUUGAAAUAUGUAAAGAAUUAAUGAAUCGAGCUGUUUCUAGAGGUGCUCAGGUUUGUUUUUUUCCUGAAUCUAGUGAUUUUAUUGGACUUGAUCAUAAUGAUUCUCUAAAACUCACUUUAUCUAGUGAAAGAGAAAGGUUUAUUAACGAAUUUAGAGAACAUGUAAAAUUUUUGAAAAUUCAUGCCUCUUUGGGCCUUCAUGAGCCUGUUAUGUCAGGAACUCGUAUUGCAAAUGUAUGUGUCUGGAUAGAUGAUCAGGGAAACAUUACACAUAAAUAUCAAAAAUUGCAUUUGUUUUGUAUUAACAUGGUUGGACAUCAAAAGAUGAAAGAAUCGAGAUAUGUGGAAAAAGGAAAAGAUAUUGUUCCGCCAUUUGAAACUCCUAUUGGAAAAGUCGGAUUAGCAAUUUGCCAUGAUAUAAGAUAUCCUGAAUUAUCUAUAAAACUUCGAAGUCUUGGAGCAGAAGUUAUCACUUAUCCAUCUGCUUUUAUUCCUAGGAAAGUUUGUCUGAUAAAGUUUAUAUAUAUAUUAAUCAUUUCAAAGGACUGGUGCAGACCAUCUUAUGUAAUAGCUGCAAAUCAAGCAGGUAAACACAAUGAAACUCGUGAAAGUUAUGGACAUAGUAUGAUUGCUGAUCCUUGGGGUAUUAUAUUGGCAUCUUGUUCUAAUGUUUCAAAAGAGCCUACUUUUUGUAUUGCUGAUAUUGAUUUAUCUGUUGUUCAUAAGGUUCGACAAGAACUGCCUCUUAUAAGAAGAACGGAUGUAUAUCCUAAAAUAUGA